AAAAAAGAUAAACUCUAUAAGCAGUUCAUUAAUUCUAGGGACUCAACUACUGAGUUAAAAUACAAACGCUAUCGGAACAAACUGAAUCAUCUUAUAAAAAUUGCUAAACGAAAGUACUAUGAUACAAAAUUUGAGAAGGCUAAAAAUAACCUGAAAGAAACUUGGAAACUAAUCAAUGAUGUAAUCAACAAACCGAGCAGAAAAGCAGCUCUGCCAAAUUCCUUUUUCUCUGAUGGAAAACUGUUAAAUGAUCCACAAGAAAUAGCUAACUGCUUUUGUAAGUUCUUCACCAACAUAGGUCCGAAUUUAGCAAGGAAAAUUCCAGACACACAAGUAUCUUUUCGUAGUUUUCUUGGCGCUUCUGUUAAUGAGUCGCUUAUCUUAAAUCCAACUAAUAUUUCGGAACUAAAUCAAAUAUGCAACUCUUUUAAAUCUGGAAAGUCGCCUGGAUAUGAUAACGUUUCAAUGGAUAUAAUAAAAGCACCUUUGAUCUCAUUUCUCAGCCUUUGGCCAAUGUAAUCAAUUUGUCUCUUAUUAAAGGAGUAUUUCCUGAUGAACUGAAAAUUGCUAAACUGAUUCCGGUAUUUAAAGCUGGUGAUUCCCAGUAUUUCACUAACUACCGUCCAAUUUCGCUUCUUUCUAAUUUUUCUAAAUUCUUUGAAAGAGUUAUGCACAAUCGUAUUACAAAUUUUUUAGAUCGUUUAGAUAUCUUAUACUGUUGCCAAUUUGGAUUUCGUAAAAAAUAUUCUACAGCGCUGUCUUUAAUUCAUCUUAUUAAUAAAAUUGCAACUGCUAUUGACAGAAGCGAAUAUACAGUUGGCAUAUUCUUAGACUUAUCAAAAGCAUUUGAUACUUUAGACCAUCAAAUACUCUUGUCUAAGCUUGAGCAUUAUGGGAUUCAUGGGCUAGCACUUAGCUGGUUGAAAAGCUAUUUGUCAAAUCGCGUGCAGUUCGUCCAGUACAAAGAGACUUGUUCUAUUAGGCUGACUCUGAGCUGUGGAGUCCCUCAAGGUUCUAUAUUAGGACCAUUAUUGUUCGUUUUGUAUAUCAAUGACCUCCCUUGUGCUACUCGUCUUGCUGAAACUAUGCUUUUUGCAGAUGAUACUAGUGUGUUUUAUUCUAAUCCCGAUUUAAAUUGUGCUAUUUCUGCCGUAAAUAAUGAUUUAUCUCAAAUUGAUCUUUUUUAUGAAAGCAAAUAAGCUCUCUGUUAACAUAACGAAAACUAAUUAUAUCAUUUUUUGCAGCAAGGCAAAAACCAGUCGGCUUCCCAAUAAAUCCUGUCUUGUACGAUGAGGUUUUAUUAAAGCAAGUAAAGGUAGUUAAAUUUUUAGGGUUUUUAUCGACGAGCAUCUAACGUGGAAGCCGCAUAUUACUUAUAUAUGUAAGAAAAUUUCAAAAUCUAUUGGCGUCAUGUUUAGGUCUCGUUUCUUUCUUUCUGAAACAACAAAAAGUCUCUUUAUUAUACCUUAAUUUAUCCUUAUUUAACAUAUUGUACCACAGUUUGGUCCUCCACUUAUGUAACAAACCUUAAUAGAAUUUUUCUUCUACAAAAGCGAGCAGUACGAAUUAUUACAAAUGCAGAUUUUCGCGCGCACUCUGAACCAUUAUUUUUCCGUUUAAAGAUUUUGGACAUAUACAACAUUAAUUCAUUCUAUACUGCACAAUUUAUGUUUUCAUAUUAUCAUCAAUUACUGCCACCGCUUUUUUUCGAACCUUUUUGUUACUAG